AUGGUCUUAAACAAUCAGACACCCACUAGAAAUGACAAAGUGAUUGACUUAUCUAUAGUAACUGGCUCCCUGUCACAGAACAUCAGCAACUGGAAAGUACAAGAAGAAGCUUACUUAAACACAGAUCAUAAACUCAUAACAUUUCAACUGGGUGAAAAAGAGACCUGGAAAGCUGAAGAAAGAUGGGAUUUUAAAAAUGCCAAUUGGUUAACCUGGGAAAAAGAAACUUCAGAGAGAUUACAGUCAUGGAUUGAACAACAAACAAACUCAAGUGUGGAUGUAAUGUAUGCAUCUCUAGUAGAGACUCUUCUCAGCUGUGCAGAAAAUGUGAUACCUAAGAAGAAGAUUUGUCCACAUAGCAAAGGUUAUUGGUCACCUGAAUUAAAUGAGCUCAACAAAAAGUUCAAACAGGCAAAAAGAAAAUUCCAGGUAAGGUCAGAUCCGGCUAAUGAACGUGCAGUUAGUAUUUCAAGACAGGCAUUCCAGGAAACUAUAGAAAAGGCAAAAACUGCAUACCUUGACCUACUGACACAUGAGCUGGAUCCUAGGAAACCAGAGAAGUUUUGGAAAAUAAUAAACAAACAUAGAAGUGAUGAAUCCAAGUGUGCAGUCCAGCCUAUUGUUAAAGAAGACUUAUCCUUAGCAGUAUCUGAUGUGGAGAUUUUUCAAGAAAUGAAACAAAAAUAUGGUAAAGAAACACUCGAAGUGAAAGAAAAGUGCCAUACACAUUACUACCAAAUUGAAAAUCAAGUUGAAACCAUUGAAAAUGAUGAAAGAAUGUCUCUGGUGAGAGAUCCACACACAAUGGAAAAUUCAGACAUAACACUUGAUGAAGUAGAAUCGGUAUUAAAAGAAUUUGACAAGAACAGUGCACCAUGUCCAGAAGAGAGAAUUUUUGGGAGUUUGGAGGGCUGGUCUACUCCAAAAGGCAUUCAACAGCAACAUUCGUGGAAGACUUUGGAUAUACUUGAAGGAGUUCAUAACCGACAGAAAAUACUACCUAAAGGCUGCAUGGCGACUGUGAACAGCUAUCGAGGGGGUGGGAACCUAGCUAGGACCAUCUACAAUCGCAUGCUGGAGGAUCAGAAACACAAGACUGACAACCAUCACUAUUGGUAUUCAGUUGACCAUAGUAGGCUUCCUGAGUGGAUGUGUGAUCACUUUGUUCAACUGUCCGAGGACUCCGAGACGCGAGAUUUCCUUGAAAACUGCUAUGAGAAGUCAGACUGGGUCGUAACUCAAAUCUACCAUUCACUUGCCAAGGCUUUCCUCAGCUGGUUUAUGGAAACGACAUCCAUCAAUGGGUUGCUAGGGCGAGGGUCCAUGUUUGUGUUUUCCCGAUCCCAUUUCCAACAACUGCUGGGGGUUUCAGCUGACUGGAGGGCUAGCAACUUGCUGGAUCUUGGCGCAGGAGAUGGGAAGGUGACAGAGAAGAUGGCCUCAUUUUUCUCCAAGGUUUAUGUAACUGAAACAUCUCCCACCAUGGUCAGCAGGCUUCAGGAAAAACAAUACAGAGUUCUUGGAAUUGAUCAAUGGGACAAUGGCUCAUUGCAAUAUGAUGUGAUAUCGUGCCUUAACCUGCUGGACAGGUGUGAUCGACCUAUGAGCAUCCUGCGCUCCAUGAGAAGGGUCCUUGCCCCUGGGGGCAGGGUCAUAGUUGCUGUUGUCAUUCCCUUUAGUCCCUUUGUGGAGUUUGGUUCAUCAAACAACAAGCCUACAGAGAGGUUAAACAUUGAUGGUGCUACAUUUGAGGCCCAGUGUGAGAGCAUGGUUCGCGACGUCUUCCGGCCGGCUGGGUUUUCCCUUCUCCACUUUUCCCGCGUCCCAUACCUCUGUGAGGGGGAUCUACAUUCCAGUUUUUAUGUGCUUAAUGAUACCGUGUUUGUGUUGACUGCAGACGAUCAUGGUUGAGUUUGGCAGUUUUAAUUUUAUUAUGCAUUCGACCUAUCUAAAGUUAUUAAAAUACUUAUGGUUUGUGUUUUAUACAGAAUAAUUCCUGUGUAGUGAAACAGCAUUACUAAGACACUAACUGGACAUGGGGUAUAACUGUUUAAGUGAAUACCCAUUUAAGGUGGAACUGCUGACAUUUCUCAAUAUAUUUUAAUGCCAUUUUUAUGUGCAAGAGAUCAUGAUAAAUUAUCUUAAGAAGUGCAAUGUUGUGCAACUGUUUGUUCUCUUUUAUGAAACAUUCAGGAAUAAAAAAAUGACAUAG